AUGACCGUCGACGAUACCGUCGCGUCAACUGACCUGCAGAACCCGGCCGACGCACUGGAAUUCCUUGCACAUGUAGCAGAGCGAGAUUCUGGCGGAACCCAGUUGCCUGGAACCCAGUUGCCUCCUAUGCAGAGUGCUGUGUAUGGACGCUCCCUCCUCUCCCACACCCCUGGGAGUGACGGAUCUCGUCCACCCGCCCCUCCUACAUCUCAUCAUGUCAUCGACUAUCCUCCCCUCAAUAAAGGCCAAUUGUCACUGCACAUGAUAGAGGCUCUUCUGUACAGAUAUGAAGAAAAAUACCACCCGUUCUUUCCGUUGGCCAACCCGGCGGCCAUGGACCCUAACAACCUGCCGACAAUUGCGAAGCAGGAACCGCAUCUACUUGCUGCGAUACUGACCGUGGCGUCGAAAGACGAAAAGGACUGGUGGCAAAUACAUGAUGACUGCUCCACACAUAUGCAGUCUCUUGUCGCUAGCCUCGUAUACAGUGGCAUGGGGUCUGUUGAGGCCGUCGAGGCAAUGCUCAUAUUAGCAGAAUGGGUACCUAGACGGCCACUCUCCACACCUGCCAUUGGUCGUGGAGAAGAAGAUCAAGCAGCUUGGAUGUAUGUGGGGACCGCGAUACGAUUGGGCUAUCUUCUUGGCAUCGACAGAACCGGCUUUCGUAUGGAGAGUGAAGCACAAUCCGCCGACCUAAACCGAAAACGCUUGGMAUGGGCAAGCUGCUACGUGAGUGAUCGACAGAUCUCAGUGCGGAUUGGUAAGGCUUUCUGGUCUCGAGGACCCGGACCUAUGACCGCUUUGCGCGCCCAAGAUUUCCCCAGCCUACAGCCUCGAUUGCAUCGCCAAGACGACUUUGCGGCAAUCUACCAGGCAAAUCUCGAGCUGACCCAGCUCUUUUCCAACGCCCAUGAUGUGUUGUACGCGACGAAAAGCCGGUCGAACCAGUUGAACUUUGGAGGGGAGUAUGUCAAGUACAUUGAUGAUUUCCGAGUUGCCCUCAGGCACUGGAAUGAGUCGUGGGGCGUCUUCACGUGUUCACCGCCGCUCAAAGCCAGCCUCAUACUCUCCUACGAAUAUCUUCGUCUAUACAUCAACGCAUUUGCGUAUCAAGCAACCCUCAAUCGUCUGAUCACGAGAAUGAAGGAGGCUGUGGAGAAUGGCCAGCAACCAAAGACACAGGCAUAUCCAUUCUCCGACAUCGCUGCGACCCCUGAUGCUCGAUUCAUUUACGACGCCAUCGAUGCUGCGAAAGCCCUGUUGAGCACAUUUUGUAGCUUCGUGGAUCCUCAAGGAACAUUCCGAUUCAUGCCUUUGAGGUACUACCUAUAUGUCAUCUACUCGGCAGUAUUCCUAUACAAGGCUCGGAGUACUGGCGUUAUGGGAGGCGACACCAGAGGAUCCGUCAAGCGGCUGAUUAGUGACACGAUGGAUAAUUUGCAGAAGUCCAGCGCGUGUGCCAAUGAUGUCGGAGACCGCUACUCGCGGCUGAUUCGUUUGCUCUGGCGUAAAGCUCCGGGUCAUCGGGGAAGUAUUGCCGAUCCGAGCGACAUCACGAGGCCAACCACUGCGCAGAAUGGCGGACCUUCAGGGCAGGACCGUACCGGGGAAUCAAAUCAAAUGGACACGGCGCCUCCGUCAAUCAAUCAGUUCAGCUGGCUGGAUCUGAAUGCUGUUGGAGACUUUGCUGUGGAGAACAACAACUCAAUCGCUGGAAGCACCGGUAUGAUGGACAAUCUAGAUCGCUUCGAAGACAGUUCCGCGGAUGGAUUCUCACAGUUCGAUCCGAGUUUGAUGGUGUCGCCUCAGCAAUUUGCAUGGAACGGAAUGUCGCCAUCUGRAAUCAUCUUUUGA